AUGGCAAGCUUAAGGGUUUCGCAUAACUGUCGACAUGUUGACCGGCAGCGACUAACGCGCUUGGCGGUUGCAACACCUCGGCGCGCGGUGAUGGUCUCUACCCAAGCCAGCUUACAGACCCAGCAGUAUACUAGGGUCCAACUGAAGACCCGCCAAGAUUGCGAGCUUGCUGUGAGCUUCUAUCCGCGGUUCCGGUAUAACGCUCUGGGCGGAGGUGGAUGGGGCACCGUCACCGACGUUGGGGACGGGAAACUACACCUAUCCUUUGAUACCAGCGUAUUAGUCAUCCCGGACAUGUCGUACCGUACGGCCUUUCUGAUGGGUCUGUUGCCCAUUCCUCCGCCGCUUAACAUCGCCAUCCGGCCAGUAUCGCUUGAGGGCAUUCUGGACACGGUCACGGGGGAGGUCAACCUCAACUUCGAGUCCGACUUCUACUUCACGGCGGGAACCAUCUACCAGCCGCCCGGGCUCAAGAUCCGCACGGUUCUGACGACAGAGAGCACCCGGGGUCGCUUCCUGUCCGCCUCGGGUAGGCGGCUGGUGGGCAGCAGCGGUGUACUGGUGGGCACCGCCACAGUGGAGGCCGUGGGGGACGGCUUCAUGGACACGUUCCUGCAGCUGCCCAACGACGCCCUGGCGGUCAUGAGCUGCGAUUUCGUGUUCGAGUAG